UAUGAAAAACAAUCACAAGCGUCGAUUUUAAGAUGUAGAUCAUUUGAUUUAACUCAGACAAAAAGCUAUACCAAAUAAAGGAGAUUAUCUCUAUGAUUAUAAGUUAUAGGAUGCAUUAAAAAAAAGAGACACUUAUUCAAAAGAGGAAUUUAAAUAAAAAUUUAAGAUAGAUUUUGAAGAUCUGCCAAUUUCAACUAAUACAUUUAGAGCCUUGAAAUAGAGAAAGUUUAUUAAAAUGACUGAGAUUUAAAGAUGUGUAAUACCACAUGCAUUGGCAGAAAGAGAUAUUUUAGGUGCAUCUAAAACAGGAAGUGGAAAAACAUUAUCAUAUUUAAUACCUUUAAUUGAAAAUCUUUAUGUCAAUAAAUGGACUCCUCUAGAUGGUUUAGGAGCUUUGAUAAUUUUACCAACAAGAGAAUUAGCAAUGCAAGUAUUUGAGGUUUUUAAAUCACUUAAUACUUAUCAUAUUUUAUCAAUGGCUUUGUUAAUAGGUGGAAAAAAUUAUUAAUAUGAAAGAGAUAGAAUUAGUGGAAUGAAUGUUAUUAUAUGUACACCUGGAAGACUCUUAUAACAUUUUGAAGAGAGUCCUGGAUUUGAUGCAAAUAAUUUAAAAGUCUUAGUAUUAGAUGAAGCUGACAUGAUGUUAGAAUUGGGUUUUUGGGGACCUUUAAAAGCAAUAAUGAACUAUCUCCCAAAAGAGAAAUAGACUAUGUUAUUUUCUGCUACUCUCAAUUAAUCAAUUCAUUAAUUGUGUAAAAUAUCUCUUAUGAAUCCAGAGAGCAUUUUUUUACAUGAAAAAUUGAUUACAGAUUCAAAUGAAUAAACAGAUAAUAUGAUGUCAACACCUAAUAAAUUAUAAUAAUUUUAUAUUGUAACACCAAUUGAAGAAAAAAUAGAUGUUCUCUUUUCAUUUAUAAAAUCACAUAAUAAAUAGAAAAUUGUAAUAUUUGUAUCUACAUGUAAAUAAGUAAGAUAUUUAUUUGAAGUGUUUCGAAAAUUAAAAUUAGGUAUGCAAUUAUAUGAAUUACAUGGUAGAUAAAAGUAAGAUAAAAGAACAGCCAUAUUUUUUACAUUUUCUGAAAAAAAGGCUGCUGCAUUAUUUACUACUAAUAUUGCAUCAAGAGGAUUAGAUUUUCCAAAAGUAGAUUGGGUCAUUCAAUUUGAUUGUCCAGAUGAUCCAUCUACUUAUGUACAUAGAGUUGGAAGAACUGCUAGGUAUAUAGCUGGUGGAUUCUCUAUGCUCUUUUUAUUACCUUCUGAAAUUAAAUUUAUUGAUAAAGUCAAGUAGAAAGGAGUAGAAAUUAAAUAAAAAUUUUUGAAUUCCAAUAAACAAUUAACAAUUAAAUAAACAAUUUAGAGUUUAGUAUCUGAAAAUAUAGAACUAAAAUAUUUAGCAUAAAGAGCCUUUAUUAGUUAUGUUAGAUCUAUUGAUAUUAAUGCAGAUAAGGAAAUAUUUAAGUUAAAGGAAAUCAAAACUGAUUUAUUAGCUGAGAGUAUGGGAUUAGUUUAAGUUCCAAUUCUUACCAUUUAAUAAUAAGAAGAGUCUGAUUAAGAGAAUAAACCAGAAAAAAAAUCUAAAUUAUAAAAACUUAAAGAUAAAAUUGAAAUUAAAAAGUAAAUGGCAAUAGACUAAAAUAAACCAAUUGAAGCUAAAAAACUAAAGUAAAUAUCUAGAGAGAGUGGAUUUGAUAAAUUUGAGGAUAUGAAAGCUAAGACUUUUGAUUUUGAAGGGGAAUUUUUAAAGAGAAAACCUUAAUAAGAGAUUGAAGAAGAAGAGGAUGAAGUUGAACAACCCAAAUUUGUGACAUCUAAAAGAUAAAUGAAAAAGGUCAAGGCAGAUGGUAUAUUUGGAGGAAGAAAUAAAGUAUUUUUUGAUAAUGAAGGUAUUAAUAUUUAAAUAUUAUUUUAGGUAAUUAAAUCACAGCAGAGGAGAAGAGAAGAUAAGAAAUUUUAGAAGGAUAAUAAGAAGUUUUAAAGAAAGAUGAAGAUAGAACAUUAAAAUAUGGAUAGAAAUUAAUUGAACAUGCAGAAGAUGAUAAAGCAAAUGAAAAGGAUAGAAUCAAAUAGAAAAGAUUAAAAAAGAAAAUAAGAAUGUAAGAAGUUUAAGAAGAGUAUUGAUUUUUAUUGUAAUUAAUAUAUAUAAUAAAAAAAUGAAUAUAAUUAAGAGUACUAAUUCUUUUUACUAAUUUUCAAAGGAAUAUUAAACCUAUUUUAAAGAUAAAUCAGUAGAAUAAAUUGAAAAACCUUAAAAUCCUGUUACUUUAAUGAAUUCAUUUUUACGUAAUUCAUCUUUUGCCAAAAAAUCUGUAUAACCUUUAGAUUGGCCUUCUGAUUUAGAUUUAUCAAAUAUCAGGGAAGAAUAUUUUAUCAUAGAUCCUACCUAAAGAUUUUAAAGAGAAUGGAAUGAAAAGAAACUAUUUUUUAAGCAUAGAUAAAGUCCUUUAAGAACAGACUCAUUUAACAGAUUUAGAGAAAAUAUUCGUUCUUUGAGUAAAACCUAAAAAUUUUAGAAGGACAAUCUAUAGUAUGAACAAACAGCUCUUUUUCCAAGUUAAAGAAAGUUAGAAUUACAAAUGACAGUGUAAGCAUAAAAGGAAUAUAAACAUAAAAAAGAAUAAUUUAACUUCCUAAAUAAGCAACAUCGUUUAAUUGAAAAUCUCCAUCAUGAUGAUAUAGUUUAAAAAUCAGUUAUAGAAAGUACAUAAAGUAGUUUAUGUAGACUAUCAGAUUAAUGCCAAUAAAGAUGAAACAUUUAAUUAGGAGAAUAACAAAAUACAUAAGACAAGUUUUGAUAAUGAAAUAUCAAGUGAUUGGGCAAGAAAACGAAAAUCUCCAUUAAAUAAAUUGGAUACCUUUCAUAGGGUUAUUUCUCAAGAGGACAAUGAAAAAAGUAAAUUGGGUAAAGCAAAACCAAAUAGAGUAAAGUAAUUUGAGAGGAAAGGGAGAGAAUAUAAUAUUGUAAAUUUUGGCUGUAAUUGA